GUUACCCUUGGGGCGUCGGGGUGGGGAGGGGUUGGCGAUGGGGACGGAAGAAGAGGGAAAGGCGGGGCCGGCAGCCGCGCCGGGAGCUAGCGUAGCUUCUGCCGUUAGGGCACCCUCAUUCCUUGCUAAACACCGACUUUCCCGUCAGCCUCCAUGUGGUGUGGUGUGUGCGCUGCCCAGUUUUCUUAAGAGUGAAGAUCUCGAAGGAUUUCAUAGUUAAGUUGCUUUUACAGAAUUAACAGGUCUCCAAGAAAUUUUAAAAAGGUCAUUAUUGCUGUGGUUUGAGCUCAGCAUGGCUGUAGUCAUCCGUUUACUGGGGCUUCCUUUUAUUGCGGGGCCUGUGGAUAUUCGUCACUUCUUCACGGGAUUGACUAUUCCUGAUGGAGGAGUGCAUAUAAUUGGAGGGGAAAUUGGGGAGGCUUUUAUUAUAUUUGCAACAGAUGAAGAUGCAAGACGUGCCAUAAGUCGUUCAGGAGGGUUUAUCAAGGAUUCAUCUGUAGAGCUCUUUCUUAGUAGUAAGGCAGAAAUGCAGAAGACUAUAGAAAUGAGAAGAACUGAUCGCAUAGGAAGAGAGCGACCAGGAUCUGGGGCGUCAGGGGCUGGCAGCUUGUCUAACUUUGUUGAGGCUAUUAAAGAAGAAGCAAGUAAUUCUGGAUAUGGCUCUCCAAUUAAUCAAGAUGCUGGGUUUCAUACUAAUGGUACAGGACAUGGUGAUUUAAGGCCAAGAAAGACACGGCCAUUGAAGGCAGAGAAUCCUUACUUGUUUCUGCGAGGUUUGCCUUACUUAGUAAAUGAAGAUGAUGUACGUGUCUUUUUCUCUGGUUUGUGUGUGGAUGGCGUAAUUUUCUUGAAACAUCAUGAUGGCCGAAAUAAUGGUGAUGCCAUAGUAAAAUUUGCUUCAUGUAUUGAUGCUUCAGGAGGUCUUAAAUGUCAUAGAAGUUUUAUGGGUUCAAGAUUCAUAGAAGUAAUGCAAGGCUCAGAACAGCAGUGGAUUGAGUUUGGUGGUAAUGCAAUUAAGGAGGUUGACAUUCCUAUGAGAACUGAAGAACAUUCUCCACCAAGAGGAAUUAAUGAUCGACAUUUUCGAAAACGAUCUCAUUCAAAAUCUCCCAGAAGAACACGUUCUCGUUCUCCUCUUGGAUUUUAUGUUCACUUAAAAAAUCUAUCCCUAAGUAUUAAUAAGAGAGAUUUAAGAAAUUUCUUUAGAGAUACUGAUCUGACUAAUGAACAGAUUAGAUUUUUAUAUAAAGAUGAAAGAAGAACAAGAUACGCAUUUGUGAUGUUCAAAACUCUGAAAGACUAUAACACCGCUCUGGGUUUACAUAAGACAGUUUUACAGUAUCGUCCAGUUCAUAUUGAUCCUGUUUCUAGAAAACAAAUGCUGAAGUUCAUUGAAUGUUAUGAAAAGAAAAGACCAGUGUCAAUAGAGAAAGAGAGGCUUGGACAUAUUUCACAAAAAUACUCUCAAGAAGGCUACUCUGGCCAGAAACUGUGUAUAUAUAUAAGAAAUUUUCCUUUUGAUGUUACAAAAGUUGAAGUGCAAAAGUUCUUUGCGGACUUCUCUCUUGCAGAGGAUGACAUUUACUUACUUUAUGAUGACAAAGGAGUUGGUCUGGGAGAAGCAUUGGUGAAAUUCAAAACAGAAGAACAGGCCAUGAAAGCUGAACGUUUAAACCGACGGAGAUUCUUGGGGACAGAGGUAUUGUUAAGACUUAUAUCUGAGGCACAAAUGCAGGAGUUUGGUGUAAAUUUUUCCUUGAUGCCCACUGAGAGAAUGCAAGACCAUUCACAGUCAUGUGAUAGAGAUGACCAUUCCCAUUCAUUUGACUCAAGUGAUCCACCAAUAUACGCAGUUGGCCCAUCUGAAAACUUUAGGCAUCAGCAAGAGGACUUGAGGCAACUGGACAAUUUCAAGCAAACCCAGGCGGAUUUCCGACAGCUUGACAGGAGCCUUCCAGAAGACUUUAGGCAUUCCCCAGAGGACUUCAGGCGCUCCCCAGAAGACUUCAGGCGCCCUCGGGAGGAACACUUCAGGCGGCCUCUUGAGGAGGAUUUCAGGCGCCCUUGGGAGGAGGAUUUCAGGUACCCUCGGGAGGACUUCAGGUACCCUCGGGAGGAGGACUGGAGGCGGCCACCCGAGGAGGAUUUCAGACGGCCUCCCAAGGAGGACUUCAGGCGACCCCCCGAGGAGGACUGGAGGCGACCCCCCGAGGAGGACUGGAGGAGGCCCCUGGAGGGAGACUUUAGGCGGCCACCUGAGGAGGAUUGGAGGCGGCCUCCUGAGGACGACUUCAGGCGGCUUCCCCAAGGGGAAUGGAGACGACCACCCGAGGAGGACUUCAGGCGACCACCCGAGGAGGACUUCAGGCGACCUCCCGAGGAGGACUUCAGGCGGCCCCCUGAGGAGGAUUUCAGGCGACUUCCGGAGGAAGACUUCAGGCGACCUCCCGAGGAGGAUUUCAGGCGUUCUCCUGAGGAGGAUUUCAGGCGUACUCCUGAGGAGGAUUUCAGGCGACCGCCCCCGGAACACUUCAGGCGGCCGCCCCCGGAGCACCUCAGGCGGCCGCCCCCGGAGCAUUUCAGGCGGCCGCCCCAGGAGCACUUCAGGCGGCCGCCUCAGGAGCACUUCCGCCGGCCACCCCAGGAGCACUUCCGCCGGCCGCCUCAGGAGCAUUUCCGGCGGCCACCCCAGGAACAUUUCAGGCGCCCCCGAGAGGAAGAUUUCAGGCACCCACCGGAUGAAGAUUUCAGGGGCCCUCCUGAUGAAGACUUCAGGCAUCCUCCUGACGAGGACUUCAGGAGCCCCCAGGAGGAAGAUUUUAGAUGCCCUUCUGAUGAGGACUUCAGGCGGCUCCCGGAGGAAGACCUCAGGGAACCUCCAGAAGAGGACGCUAGACUUCCUGACAGUUUUAGACCUCCUGCUGAGGAGUUUAGGAACCCACCUGAUGACUUUAGAAGUCAUCGCCCUUUUGUGAAUUUUGGUCGCCCAGAAGGUGGCAAGUUUGAUUUUGGAAAGCGCAGUAUGGGAAGUUUACCUGAGGGGAGAUUUAUGCCUGACCCAAAAUUAAAUUGUAGUUCAGGUAGAGUAACACCUAUUAAGAUAAUGAAUCUUCCAUUUAAAGCUAAUGUUAAUGAAAUUCUAGACUUUUUCCAUGGCUAUAGAAUCAUACCUGAUUCAGUUUCAAUACAGUAUAAUGAACAAGGAUUACCUACAGGGGAAGCCAUUGUUGCUAUGAUAAACUAUAAUGAAGCUAUGGCUGCUAUUAAAGAUCUAAAUGAUAGGCCAGUUGGCCCUCGCAAAGUUAAGUUACUGUUGCUCUAGAGAGCAUUUCUAAAUUCAGUAACAUCCCCACAGUAUUGAUGCAGUAAAAUGCAUUUGUUUUUAAGUGUUUAUUUUUAAUGAUCUAAUGAAAAACAUUUUAAUUUGACUUGUGAAUAGAACAAAUGUAAAUAUUAGAAUGUGAAUCUGGUUUUCUUUUGCUUGCAAAUUGCCAUUCAGUUUUUCUAAUUUAAAAUUAUAUAUGCCCCCCCCUUUUUUUUUUGGACAGUGGGGGAGAAAAUUCCGAGUGCAUUAAUUUUUGUUGGUAUCUUGGGUAAACCUCAAGACUUGUAUAGUAGAGCUGUAUUUGGGGAAGAUAAAUUUUAUAUUCACUUUUGUUUCCAGUCUGUAGUCUACAUCUUAUACUGUAUAAGGAAAUGGUCAGUGAUUUAUUGUUCAGGUUUAGCAUUUUUAUUGCUAACUGCCUGCAGAAUUAAUGCCCUCUUCUUUGUCUGAGAUAUUACUGUGUUAAGCCUCCCGUUAAUUAUAAAUAGUUCAAAAUAGACAGACUGUGAAUUUGAAGUUUACUUAUGUAAAAAGCUUAGGAGAUUCUUGAAGUUUCCAUGUUCGUAACCGCAAAGUUUUAUAAAAAUAAAAAAAUUGCAACUGAAUAGACCAACUAAUUAA